UUUGUUCUUAUACAAGGACGCACAGCACAGCGUAAAACAACUUCCGGAAAGAAAUGGCAUCUUUGGACAGGGUGAAAGUGUUGGUUUUAGGAGAUUCCGGAGUAGGGAAGUCCUCUCUUGUACAUUUACUGUGCCAGAAUCAAGUUUUGGGGAACCCCUCAUGGACUGUGGGCUGCUCAGUGGACGUCAGGGUUCAUGACUACAAAGAAGGCACUCCAGAAGAGAAGACAUGCUACAUUGAACUCUGGGACGUUGGGGGAUCUGUUGACAGUGCCAGCAGUGUCAAAAGCACCAGAGCUGUGUUUUACAAUUCUGUAAAUGGCAUUAUUUUAGUUCAUGAUUUGACCAAUAAGAAAUCCUCCCAGAAUCUGAAUCCCUGGUCAUUGGAGGCUUUGAGUAAAGACUCCUCUCCAACUGGCAUCAUUGUGUCAAAUGGGGAUUAUGACAGAGAACAGUUUGCAGAGAACUCAGUUCCCCUCCUGCUUAUUGGCACCAAAUUUGAUCAAAUCCCAGAAAACAAGAGGAAUGAUGUUCUGACCCGCACUGCCUUUUUAUCUGAAGACUUUAAUGCAGAAGAGAUCAAUUUGGAUUGUACAAAUCCACGGUAUCUUGCUGCUGGAUCUUCAAAUGCUGUUAAGCUAAGCCGAUUCUUUGACAAGGUAAUCGAGAAGAGAUACUUCACAAGAGACCCUAGCCAGAUGCAGAGUUUCACAGACAGGAGGCGCUUUAAUUUCAAGAGUCUGCACAAUGAUUGAGUGUACAAAUAUACUUUGGACUGGUGGGUUUAGUCAUGUUUGUAACCUGGACAUAUAUAUGAAUAUUCUUUUGUCAUCAUGUUUCUUUGCAAAAUCCAAUCAGUUUUAGUGUUUUUUUUUUUUUUUUUAAAUGACUUUUAAUCUUAGCAUCCGGCUUACCAUGACUGAACAAUUUAUGUGAAAUAAUCAUCAUCUCUAUUCUGAGAUUUGUGUAUGUAUUUUCAUAUGUGAUGGUAAAAAAUGUGUACUUAAUGAAAUACUACUACUCUUCCCUUCUCAAGUCUACUGUUCAUACUAAUGGGGUGACACGGAUCCCCCUUUUUCAGUAAAAGGUAACGGAAAUGGUUUCCCCCGUUUGUGUAAUUCCAGGAGAUAUGACAGGGUUUCUAUUAAAUAAACAAUUUUUGCUUAAUCUUUAGGAUUUUCAGGAUCUUCCUGUCAUCAGAAGGAAGAAAUUAAUAUUACCAUAGAUUUAACUUUUUUUGUUAUUGAUUUUUUUUAUUUAAAAAUGAUUCAGAAUUCUUUGCUAUAUUAGCAAGCCAUGAAAAUUGUGUAUAGAUUUAUUUGCAUAAUAAGUUUGGCUCUUCUUUUCCACUUCUUUAUUUAUAUAUAUUUAUCAAAUCAAAUUCUACAGUUGUAUGGUAUUGUAUGGAAUUAUUAAUUUGUUUUCAGUAAACGAGCAGAUAAGAAA